AUGAAGUCUAUCAUCGUGUUCGCUUCUGCCCUCCUGGCAACCCUUAACCUUGCUGCUGCUGCUCCCGCCCCGGCAGAGGCGCAAAAAGUAUCUAUCUCCUAUGACCCCAAAUACGAUAUUGGAACUUCCUCUUUGAACACCGUCUCUUGCUCCAAUGGAAUCUAUGGCCUGAUCACUCAAGGCUAUACCGACUUUGCAUCGUUGCCAACCUUCCCAAACAUUGGAGGUGCGAUCACCAUCCCGGGCUGGAACAGCCCUAAUUGCGGCAAAUGCUACACGCUGCACUACUCCAACGGCAGGACCGACAAGAGCAUCAACAUCCUUGCUGUCGACGCCGCCCCGGGUGGCUUCAACAUUGGUCUGCAAGCCAUGAACACGUUGACCAAUGGUAUGGCGGUGGAACUCGGCCGUGUUGACGCCACUUAUGUUGAGGCGGAGGACAGUGCGUGCGGGCUGUGA